AUCACAAUGAGGGGCGUGCUUUGUCUCUUCUGUGUGAGCUUCGUUAGCCUAGCCAGCCAGUUCCCGCGGUCAGGUCCAUCGUUUUCCUCCUCAUCGCCUCGCCUCGCCUCACCGAGGUCGGCCUAGGCGGACUCCGCCGAAAUAAAACUCGAGCGAGCGCGCUGAUGGACAGCGAACUCCAAAAAAUGGAGCCGGUGGACAGCGAACAGGACGAGGAGGAGAACGUAUACGAAGUAGAGCGAAUCAUUGAUAUGCGUGUGGAGGAGGGUGAGGUGCUGUACCGGGUGCGCUGGAAAGGUUACUGCUCUGAUGACGACACCUGGGAGCCGGAGGGCCACCUGGAGGACUGUCGAGAGGUCCUGCUAGCAUACAAGAAGGCCGCCACAGAAAUCAAGAAGGAACCCGAGGAGAGGAAGCCAAUACUCCCCCUGCCAACCAAGAGCGACGUGUUCGAUGCAGACUCUGAGAGUGACAGCGACAAGGACCAGCCCACUAACGAUGUGGCCGUCAUCAAGAAGAAAAAGAAGAAGUUUCGAGAGCUGGAGGACGAGGAGGAGGGACCUCCUCGCAAGGAAAAGAAGAAGAAGAAAAAGAAAGACAAGUGGCGAGACGAGGUCAAGCCUUUGCCCGCUCCGGAGACGGAUGAGGACGAUGAGAAGACGGCUGAGACGAAGAAACAUAUGAUUAAGUCGGAGAAUGAAGAUGAGGCGCCACCCAAGAAGUCCAAGAAGGAGAUUACCAAGGAUGGCAAGCUCAGGAAGGACAGAGGCGGCGAAGAACCCAAGAAGAAGAAAACCAGGAGGGAGUACAGCAUAGCUUCAUCGGACGAGGACCUCAGCGAAGGCCUGUCGGACUCGUCGGCGAGGAAGGAGAAGCCUCACCUGGACGAGCACCGUUCCAAGCCCAAACAGAAGCCCGACGGCAAGCUGAAAGGCACGAAAGACCUGACGCAGGACAAGAAGAGCAAGCUGAAGGAGAGCAGCCUGCUCAAGCUCAAGUCGCUGACCGCCUCUAAGAUCCGCGAGGACGCAGGGCCGCCCUCAUCAGACUCCAGCGAUAGCUCGGGUUUGCACCGCAAGGGCAAGAGCAAAAGCCAGGAGGCCAAGGCCGCCGCCGCCGCCAAGCCCCGGGAGGACGAGACGGCAAGGGAGGACGGCAAAGGCUCCACCAACCUCUUUGAGACCUUCCUGCAAAGCUUUGCGGCCAAAGACCGAGCCCCCCGCAGGCUGCCAGCGGACAAGAGUGCCAACAAGCCCUCCAAGGUCCUUGGGAAGAUUGAGAAGAUCAAGCCUGUCAAAGAGUCUCCCACACCGAAAGAACCCGAAAGGACGGAAAAGUCUAAGCAGCCCGAAGCCGUCCCCAGACCGGGCCAGGGGUACGGCUUCAGCCUGGACAGCGACGAGCUGGAAGGAGAGAACCCGUCGAGCAAGCCGAGAACCGGAGACGAUUCCCGCGAGCGCCGGGAAAAGCCAGAGGAGAGCCAGACCAGGCCCGGCUGGGAACGCAAGGGACCGCCGGCAGAAGACAGGAAGAAGAAGAGGGAGGACGGCGAGUCCCGACCCCUGGCGGCGUCUGAUGACCAUGUGGACCAGCAACCAAUGGAGCCCACUGACAAAUCUGACAAAGCUCCGGCCACGUUGAGUUUGGGAAUGGAUCUCAACCUGGACUGGAUGACCCUGGACGACUUCCAGAAACAUCUGAACGGAGAUGACGAGAUCCUGUCGGGCCCUCCGUUAUCACCCAGCGAGCUGCGAGAUGCCGUGAAAAGCGGAGAUUACGUGGCGGUGAAAUUGGCGCUCAAUUCCAAAGAGGAGUACAACUUGGAUCAGGAGGCUUGUACGACAGUGGUUGCGAAGAGGUCGUUUGACGAGAGGAGUCCAAGGGAUGGGAUUUUUAUGUCUCACUUUUUAAAUGGACCACAAGAGAACAGGACUGCCAGCGUGAAUGAAAACCUCCAGAAAGAUGCGCCGGAAUCUGAAGGCAGUUCGGGUCAAGGACCAGAAACUCUUUUUGAGUCACCCUUUUUAAAUGGACCAAAAGAGGGCAAGACUGCCAGCGGGAAUGAAAACCUCCAGAAAGAUGUGCCGGAAUCUGAGGGCAGUUCGGGUCAAGGACCGGAAACUCUUGAGUCCGAGGGCCCAAAAGACGGCCAUUCGGACCGAACGGCAGGCGGGAGGGACCGCGACCAAGCGGGAGAAACUGUCGAACCUGACGGGCAUGAGGAGACAACCGAUUCAGCCUCAAUUUCAUCCAAGGAGACGAUAACAGACGACGGCAAAGCGCCCAAAUCCUGCCAGAGGAAAACCACCAAAGCGAAAGAGCCGACCCGUUCCAGUAAACGCAUGUGCAGGAAGGUUGUCCGUCCCGAAUCCAGCGUCGACGAGGAAGAGGAAAAGGAAAAGGAAGCGUGUAAAAAGCACUUUUGUUUCUACUGCCAAAUGCCUUUCAGCCAUUUGGAGAAGCACUUGGAGAAGAAACACGGCAAGGAAACGGACGUGUCCCACGCCAUUCACUUCCCCAAAGGCUCCAAAGUCAGACAGACCUUGCUGGAUCAAAUCCGCGACAACGGCAAUUACGAGCAACGUGCCAAAACUCUCCAAAAAGGAGGAGACGAGGACGUUGUCACGCAGACAGAGGUGAAGACCGCUAAAAUAUGCGUCCGGGACUUUCUCCCUUGCCAGCACUGCUUCACCUUUUACCGCAAAACCGACCUGUGGCGUCACGAGCACUCUUGCAAAGCCAGAAAGGCGGAUGACAAAUCUUCCGAAAUUCCAAACGUGAAAACGGCGGAGGAGAGCCCCACCUCCCUGCUACUGCCCAGGUCGGAAUUCUUGACGGACGGCUGCAGGGAGAUCAUCCACACCAUGCACCAGGACGACAUCGCCCGCCACAUUGUCCAUGACCCGCUGAUUUGCAAAUUCGGCAGCACCUUAUUAGCAAAAUAUGGCCACGACAAGUCUCAGUUUGCCUACAUCGGACAGAAGAUGCGACAGCUGGGCCGCUUCAUGAUCGCCAUCAACGAGCUGGACGGCAGCGUGCGCUACCUGCAUCAACUCUGCCUCCCAUCCAGGUUCGAGUUGGCGGUGGAGGGCGCCAAAAAAGCAAGCGGCUUUGAUCCCACUUGCAGCCGGUUCAAAACCUUUUCUUUGGUCUCCAAAAUCGGCUACUCCUUGAAACGGGCCGCCGAGAUAGCCUUCGGCGAGAGUCGCAUGACCGAAGACACGCUGACGGAGGGCGAGGUGAGGGCCUUCAUACAGUUACUAGAUACGAAAUGGAGCGAACGCUUUUCCCGCAGGUCCUUGGCGCCCCCGACCUCCAAAACGGAGGUAGACUCAUCCGGCGUGACCGAGGACCUGAUCAAACUCCAUCGGUUCAUCGCCGAUGAGGGCGAUGAAGCCAGACGGGAGCUGAGGCACAAUCCCAGCGUGGCAAACUGGAAGAAGCUUAGCGAAGCCACGCUGGCCGACGUUUGCCUUUUCAACCGGACGCGUGUCGGUAACAUCGGCCGGCUUCUCUUGCAAACGUACGCCAGCAAAAAGCUCUGGGGCGCUUUCGUGCCCUCGGCCGAUCAAAUCAAGAAAUGCACCAAACUGGAACUCGAGGUCUGCGGCCACUUCACUCGUGUGGAACUGGAAGGCCAGUUCGGCAGGAACAUGCUUGUCCUGCUCACCGAAAAUAUGACUUUGUCCCUGGAUCUGCUGGUGGAAAACCGCCAAGAUGCCGGGGUGUCCAGAAGCAACCCGUACCUCUUCGCCCGAACCGAAGGACACUCCUUCAUCCGAGGGCUGGACUGCUUCCGAAGGGCGGCGCUGGAAUGCGGCGUGAGGAACCCCGAAGCACUUUUGUCACCGGCGCUCAGGGAGCAAAUCGCCUGCUGCUGGCAACUAAUGAGCCUCCGCCGGGGCCAGUUGGAGCGAGUGGCCGGGCUGCUCGGAAAGAGCAGCCAGGAGUGCUUCGCCUUGUCCACAAAUGCGUCGCUAUUGGAGGAGGCCAGUAAACACUUGCUCCAGUUGGACCGCACGCCACGGACGAUUCCAGCCAACGUGGUCGGCAACGGAAUGCCACCCAAAGCCGCCCCGAAGAGGCGACCGUGGAGCGAAUGCGAGCAGGCCGCCGUCAAACACCGCAUGAGCGAUUUUAUAAGAAGGAUGAAGGUUCCCGGCAAGAAGGACUGUAACGCCUGCAUCGCCGCCGAAGCCGAUCUCGCCGGCAGAUCUUGGACCGAUGUGAAAAACUACGUGCACAACAGCAUCCAGACCAUGCGUCGGCGUAGUAAGCAGCACAAGGAGGCGGGGAAAGGCAGAGCCUCAAAGCCAAAGAAACGGAUCGAGGAAGUCCAAAGGAGACGUUCGGAUGACGCGUCGGCGGGUUGUAGCUUGUCAUCGGGGCUUCCGGACCACUUGAGAGAGAGUUCCAAUUGUUGCAUGGCGCCGCCGCCGCAGGAACCAAAUCCAUACGCCCCAGAGAUGCCUUUAAGCUACAUGUCCUUGUGUUCUCCUAACGCGAAUCUGAUCCACGCCAGUCAGCCGCUGAUGUCCACGCUCACGCCACUGAACGCCACAGAUACUCAAGUGGUGCCCACGUUCACGCCGCUCAGCACCACCAGCGCACUCAUGUCGCCCGUAUACGCUUCGGAAACCGAUAGUAUCCAUCCGAUGGCUCCUCCUUAUUCGCCAAAUACCUCAAAUAUGCCUGGCCCGGUCUACGCUGACCCUUUAAACCCCCCGAUGCUUCCCGCUUUCGACGUUCCCAGCACCUCCAUGCUCCCCACAUUCACAACGCUAAACUCCCCAAGUUCGCCCAUGGUCCCGGCCUUCUCUCCUGCCUUCUCCUCGACCUUUAGUGACCGAAGCGAGAUGAUGGUGUCCUCCUUCACUGCCCUAAAUCCCUCCACUGUGCCUUCCUACCCGACCAGUCAGCCGAGGACUUCCAUGAGUGCGCAGGUGGUCCCGACGGUCCACGGGGGCGGCAUUCCCGACGAGGCUGCGCCGACAUCCUCAGUUCAACAAAAGUCUUCGCGCAAACAAACGCCGUCAACAACGAAACCCCAGAAGAGGCACAAGAGGUUGUGGAGCACCGAGGAACAGGCGGCCGUCCGCCGGCAGUUCGGAGACUUGUGCAAAUUGGCUAAAGUGCCGGGAAAAAAGGACUGCGAUUCGUGCUUGGCGGCCGAGCCGGCUCUGAAUAGCCGUACGUGGAGGGAAGUCAAGUAUUUUGUCCACAACAACAUUCAGUCCAUGAAGAGACGAGGUCUAAUGGCGGCUCCGCCAAAAGUAACUGAAGAACGCAAACAAGAACUAGAGACCACGGCGUCCAACGCGGAGUGCGACGGUCCAGUGUACCUGUCGCUGUAACUAGCGCCACCUAACGCGUCGGGAUACGUUGCGGCAAGAGUUUAGUAACUGGAUACAAACGGUCAGGUUUCGCGGUCCACACGCUAGGGUUCAGGUCAGGUGCGUAAGUAGCAUGCUAAGUAGCAUAGCGCCAGCCGCUAUGUAAUUAACAGGGGUGUAAUGGCACGUCGAAAAAGCUUGGUUUGAAGUUGAUUGAGAUGAGGGAUGAGCUGCUGUGCAAUGGAAAAUUGUCUAUCCAUCUCUCAUUUUUCUUUGCUGCUUAUCCUUUUUAGUCAGAAGUGAGCUGG